AUGGUUAAGCAAGGAAUACAGAUUUAUGCCAGGGCAAAGCCAACCAAACAAAAGUUAACUGGGGUAAGCAUGCAUGUUGAUUGGUAAAGAAUUAUUUGUCACCAUUUUUCUUACUUUUGGAAUCUAUUUGGUGAAGUUGCUUAAAAAUUAGUGUAGAUAUUGAGUAUUUCCUCUCUGAGGCAGGGAGUAAAGUCGUGAUACUCCUUUAUUAAUGUAAGAGUGGUGAACAAAAAACUGAAACUUGUCUACAGGUGAAACAGGUCUACAAGAAACCAAGCGUCCGACAGUUCAUUUAUAAUACAACAAAUUUAAAAAAUAAUAAUAAUUAGUGGUUUGUCUUGCGUUUUAAAAGAAAUGUUACCUAUUCUGUGACUGGAAUAUGAAUUGUAUCAUGGUAAAUUUAUUGCUUUUCCAGCUGUGGAUGCAUGACUGUAGUUUUCCUUUUUAAUACAACAUUGUAUUUCCUUGCUUGAGUUAAACUAAAUGUGAUUAAAUAAAAUAAUUUUGAAUUUGUUUAAUUAAUCUUGUCAUUCCUUGAUUAUAAAACCUAGUGUAAAAUCAUAAUGUGAAUUGUUGCCUCUGAUUUUAAAUUCAACCUGUGAGAGAAAGCUUUGUUUUGAAAAAAAAUUUCAGAUAAUAAUUAUGUACUUCUGAAUUCAGUGAGCAGAUAUAAAACAAGCUGACAAAAGUUGACUGAGAGAUUCUGUUACAGGGUAUUAUAAUAAUUAAAUUGUAAGAAAAUGAAAGUAUUAUAAUGAAAGUAUCAUAUUCCACUUAUUAACCAAGAGUGAGGUCAUUUACAUGGAAAUCUCAGACUGACGCCUUGAUUUAUCGAACGAGUGAUAGCAAGGUCAAUGCAUCAAGGCCGAGUUCUGAGAUUUCCCUGUAAUGACCGAGCAGAUGAGGUUAAUAAGUUAUUUAUUUUGCGGCCUUUCUAUUAUGGACCUGAGCCUGCAAUCAAUUAAAACCAACAACUGGUCAGCAAAUAACUUUAAGAAAACACAUCAACUCAAUAAGUUGUUUUUGAGCCCACGAGACAGUCAGGUGACACUGGUCAGCAGAUACCCUUUUUGACAGCUGUCAAUUGACCAUAACAUGGAUGUCCAUAAGGAUUUCCACUACCAAGUUAAACACAGAUUGUAUAUGCCUUGGAUACCUAGCUAGUAUUGCCUGGUCAUUACAAGAAACAGCCAAUCAGUGCGUGCGUACUAUUGUAGCCAUAUAAUAAAAUAAUACAGUCAAACCACCAUGUGCAACCACCUCCCAUAAGCACCCACUUACUGAAAACACCAAACUUUUCCCAGCCAAAGCUUUUUGGUUAGAACCUCUCGUAAACGACUUGUUUCUUCUAUGGGACUGUUGCUCUAAAGAGAAAAACAAGUAAGUGCAUGGGCAAAAUGACAAGUUAAAAAUGACAGAAAAUAUAGUGUUGUAUGUUUGACACAAAAGAACGAAUAAAGUACCAAUACUGGCACCUUUUAGCCACGAACCAUGAAUUUUGCAGUCAAGACAUUUCUUUGUAAUAUUUUGGAUUUUAGGCAGUUUACUGUAGAUUGAAGUGAGAAUAAUACAGAAAAUAACAAAAAUAGAUUCUUUUUUUUUUCUCGUUUAACACUCUACAUUAAUUUUGGUGUAUAUAAUGUAGUUAAGUUUUGUUUUUCUUUUAUAAUUAUUUUUGGCUAUGGUAAUGUAUGCUAAUGAAGUUGAAACAUAAUAAUUACCUGAGGAAAAUAAUAAUUACCUGAGUUAAAAAAAUUAACUACAACAUAUACAUUUGUUAUGUGGUCACAUAGACUCUUCAUUUUGCUUGUGCAUUCAGGUGGUUUUUUCCUUUACAAAGCAAUGGUCCCUUAAAAGUAACGAAAGCCUCGUAAACUACCCUCUCUCGUAAGUGAUGAUGACCACUUUUUGCUGUUUUCUAUGCUACACAGAGUAUGAGAACAAGAACUAAUUGUGGAAACAAACAACUAAACAUGGAUUUACAUACGUGUAGCCUAAAAAUUGCAUGCAAUACAUUCACUCCAAAAGUUAGAUGAGUCCGAGCUUCUCAAAAAUGACUUCCUGUGGUUUGACUCUUAUAAACAACCACUUCCCAUAAGCGACCACAAACUCUUUUCAUUUUGGGUGGUGACUCUUAUGAAAGGUUUGACUGUAUUAAUUAUCAAUAGUACAUUGAACAUGUAAUAAACUCAUUUCUUGUUUGUGUUUUAGCUUUAUGAAGCUUAUGAAGAUGACAAUGGAGGAUCCAUUAUUGCCUUUACUGUUCCCAAAGAUCUAGCUGAUGGCUAUAUCAAUAACAAGAAAGAAGUUUAUAAAUUUAGGUUGGAGCUUUGAAUAUUUUAUGUUAAAUUCACUUGGUUAUAAUUUUUGCUCAGUAUAUGUCAUGGUAAAUUAUACUUGUGAAUGAUGUUUCUUUGACUUCAGAAAUUGCUUAGAUAUAACAUGAAGAAACAGACAGAAAACACACUUUAUUUCUUUCCAUUUUAUUACAGUUAAUGUGCUUUAUGCAUGAGCAUACAACUAUAAAAAUUUGUCCAUUUGAUUACUGCACUUGAGCAUUUGGUAAAAACUCAGUCUGCUUUUUUAAAAUUACUCAAUUAUUAAUCAAAAACGAAAAUACUUAAGAUGAUUUUUUCAUUUUUGUCCUGCUUUUUUGAAUACUUUCAAUCUGAUUUGCAAUAAUAUUGUUUUGGUUCAAAAAAAUCAAAUCAAAUCAAUUGAAAGUAUUCAAAAGAACAAGACAAUACAUCUUAAGUAUUUUCUUAAUUUUUUGAUUGAUUGAUUGAUUGCCGGAUUGAUUUAAAAAAAGAGAGCACAUCGAGUUUUUGCCAAAUCCACAAGUUUGGCAUUUAGCGGGCCAGUAAUGAAAAAGAUACACCCAUUCAUCUUUCAAAAUUUACAAAGAAAUAUUUUGAUAGCCAGAAAAGUGUCUGGCAACCCAUACAUGUACAUUAAUUUUGUUUGUAAAUUUUCAAGUUUUUUUUAAAUGAAUAUUUAUCGUUUAAUGUUGGCCUGAUUAACACCAAACUUGUGGUUUUAAUAGGCUUGGAUGUUCUCUGAUAAUUAUGUGGUUCUUAUUAUCCCAUACACUGUAAUACAUGGACUCAUACUCAGUCCCCAUUGGUUUGAAACCAAUGUGGAAAUGUGGUAACAGCCUGCAAACAGGCACCCAAGUGGAGUGAGGCGAUAUAAAAAAUCGGCAAGCAAAAUGAGCCAAGCAUGGCCCAGGGGAGAAAAAAAGGCAAGGAGCCUGUAAACUUUGUUUUGAUGCUGCUCAUCAAUGAUACCAGAUUCUGGUAUCAUGAUCUGAUUGGUCAGAUCACUGACCUUUGACAAGUUACAUGUAGCAGUAAAUAUACCCAGGUGCACGCAAAUGUUUUUGAUGCCAAUACAUUCCAGCAAAGAAAACAUGUCAUAAUUUGACAGGUGAAAUUGCCUUAUUGACAUGUGUUACAGGAUAAUUGCAAAUCAUGGGCAGAUGGAUGGCAUCAAAACAAAGUGUUCAGGCUUCCCUGCCUUUUUUCUUUCCCAGGCCACACUUUCUCGCCUCACUUUGCUUGCCGAUAUUCUUUUUUGCCCGGCUCCAUUUGGGAGCCUGUUCGCAGGCUUUGUGGGAACCUUAAGGUUGGUGAGGUUUCGUGUGUUAAGUCUGUUGACUGUAUAUUUGUGGUGGAUAUUUUAUUAAUAACUGUUACUAUUUAUUUCAAUUUUCUUCAAGCUAAAUAACCUAACUAAAACUUUGUGUUAAGUUUAUGUAACUGGUCCCUGGAUUAGAUAAAGCAACAACAAACAGCCACUAAUUUCAAGUGACAAUAUUAUGUAUUAAUUUAUAAUAGAAAUAGUGGAAUAAUUUUAUGUAUAUUGUUUUUUGUACAUUAAGGUUCAACAGGGUUUUUGAUCAGGACUGUAAACAGGAUGAGGUUUUUGAGGAAGUUGCACAAGGAGUGAUAGACAAGUAGGUUCUUGAUCUGUAUACCCUUUUUGUUAUAUUAAGAAUGUUGUUUUUCCGGUCCAGGCUAAAUAUUCUUAUUUUUCUGGCAUUGUCAGGCUGAAAAAGUUCUUGUAUUUUUCUUAAAUUAUAUACUCUAAAUUCUCUACUAAGCCCCCCCUUCUCAAAUAAGCCCCCCCUCUAAUAAGCUUCCCCUCCCCCUUAUUAUUAUUCACUAAUAAAUGAUAGACUGUAUUAAUCAACAACAACUGUAAAACUUUGUGUGGACUGAUCCAGGCUGGUUUAUUCACCAGCUGGAAGUUCGGAUUUGUGUUUGAUCCUUGGCUCUAUGACCUCAUGUUCUCGUACUUGUACUUUAAUUUUCACUUUACAUUAUAGUUCUUUGUCGGGAACUGAUACCAUCAUCUUUUGUGGAAUUAAAUAAGCCUCCUCUCUCAAAUAAGUUCCCCCCCCCCCCCAUCUCUACUAAGCACCCCCCUUCAAAUGUGCUUGAAAUAAAUAAUAAUUGAUAGAGCAUUUAAACCCAUCAACAAUAGAUGGGUGAGGGGAAGGUGCCUGAGGAAGCGGAAGGGGCCACAAGCGAUGUUAGAUGGUAACCAUGACAACCCUGAGAGAAGCACCCACCAGGCACCGUCACACUGAGAACCUCAGGGGAAAGAGGAGCAGAUACUUAUCAAAACAGCAUCCAGAGAGGCGGAAGGGUUGGGGGCAAAAAACAACUAUAACUACUGCACACAAAAGCAACAUGAGCAAAAUGAUUGACUCCCGCGGAAGUGCUGUAAAAUCACUAAGGCCCUGCUAAACCCCAAGACCGCCCCACAUACGAUUAGUGGUGGAGACCGCUGGCCAGCAUUGUCUUGUGUUUAACCUUGCCUAAAUUACAUUUAGCCACAUUUACAGUAGCUUAUGACAUUUUCUGCGUUAUCAAUAAUUUAGGUGUCCACAUAAUAACAAAAAGUUAAAAACUUUUACAGAUUUUGAACACACAAAAUUAUAUCCUUUUCAAAAUCUCAGACUUUGGGUUUAUUCUUUAAAUAUUCCCAGAAUUCUGUAAAUUUCAGCUUGCCUUGAUAUUCUAAUAAAAUAUAUUCUUAUAAAAAAUUGUUAUUAGUAGCACUUAAUAUCAAGUAGCAAGUACAUGUAGAUUAAAAAUUUAAUAGUUUUUAGACAUCCCACUAAUUUUUGGUCUGUACUUUAUUGAUUUUAGUGUUUUGACUGGAUACAAUGGAACAAUCUUUGCUUAUGGCCAGGUAUUAAAUUAAUUCUGACGGUUAUCAAAGUCAUAAGUAGGUAGUAGAUUAUUAGUGUUUACUUAGGUUCACCAGCUCUUGGUAGGAUCACUGCAACGAUGCAUGGUGCUGGCCACUAUGCGGGUCCAUAACAGUCCCUCCCAAACCCCCCCCCGCCUUGAGAGAUAGACCACGACACCAGAGACUAUGUCCCCUACACUUUAUGAACAGUGCACAGGUUCUUUAAUGUCCCACAAAAUUCAUAGGUGCAACAGUUGUGAGACAGGGCCUACGCUUUAUCGUCCUUAUCCGAAAAACAAAGAAAGUCUAACCAUUUGCAGAUGUCUUUGCAAGAGAGCACUUUCUCCUUAGUUAUUUAAACAUCUUGAGUGUUGGUCUGGCAGGGGUUUGAACCAGCAACCUCUCGCCCCGCAGACUGGCGCAUGUCCAAUUGAGCUAACCACUUACUAGGUUGUUUAUUCAAGUGCGAGGAUCAUUAAUUUUUUCACUUUCACAUCUUUAUCUGCAGUUCAAAAUAUGAGUCAUUUCAUAUAUUAAAUAUGUGAAACAACUCACAUUAUAUUGAAUGGUAAUUUUCCAUUUCAAUAAAAUUAUUUGCUAAUGAUGUGUGUUUUCAGACGGGUUCUGGCAAGACAUUCACAAUCACAGGUGGUGCCGAACGUUACGUUGACAGGGGCUUAAUUCCAAGAUCAUUAUCAUACAUCUUUGAGUACUUUGAGAAGGUCAGUAAGCAAAUUUGGUAUUAAUCCCUACCAAGAUUUGAAAAACAUACAUCUUUAUUAUCUACACGUUGAUACUUAAAUUACACCCUCAACUUCAACUUUAAUAUGGCAUUAAACUCAUCACCAAUAGAUGAGCUUGGGCGUUGGUGCCUACAAAGUUGGUGGAGCCGGGCAAUGCUCUAGCAUGAGGAGGAGGUAUCCAUGGCAACCCUGCGAGCGGCCCCCACCAGGCACCGUCACACUGAACAAUUCAGUGGAAUACUUACCGACCCAAUACUUACCUAGCCCCCACCAAGAGGGAGGGAGGGAUGGGAAAAACCAAAGCACAAACUGGCACGCAAACAGCAAGCAAUUGCAACAACACUUUGCGAAGAACUGCAAGCAAGCAACUGCGUAUAUAAGUCACGAGGUGCCCCUGCUAGAGGCAUCGGGCCACCCCAACUAUAGCUGGGGAAACUACUGACCAGCAUUGCUUCGAGGUUAACUUUGCCUAAAUUACAUUUAGCCACAUUUAAACUCAUCACCAAUAGAUGAGCUUGGGAGUUGGUGCCUACAAAGUUGGUGGAGCCGGGCAAUGCUCUAGCAUGAAGAGGAGGUAUCCAUGGCAACCCUGCGAGCGGCCCCCACCCAACCAGGAACUCCUUGGUGCUUGAAAAAGGAGGGGCCAGCGAACAAGGGUGAAAUGGAACCUCCGACUCCAACAACCCCAAGCACCAAACGCAGCAGUUGCAUCGAAAAACAAACACACUUACCAAAUGAAAGGCAGCUAACAGUGAGAGCAACGCCGAAAAACUGCAGUGCAAGCCCCGAGCAAUUCGGUGCUAAACUCGACCGCAAUGGAGAAGGAGCUGUGGAUGACCAACGGCAAGGACACAUGAUGUCACGCCAGCUGACCAGAGAAGCCCGCAAGAGCUUCCGAAGGCAUGCGAAUAUAAAGCUGGUAUGCAUUGCUAGUCCAACGUCCAAGAGCCUGAAUUAGGUGGUCAGGAAUGCCGUUGCGAGCUGCUACUGUGGCUGCCCCAAUGCGGAAGCUGUGGCUGGAGAAAUUGCCCUCAGUCCCCGCGGUAGAGAAAAUUUGCCGCAGCCAAUCGGUCAAGAUUGCGCGAGACAGAGGUUGACCACUUGCAAGAAGGAACAAGGGGCCAGCGGCAUUUCCUCGUACGGAGAGGUAUGCCAGCAAAGCGUGAACAGCGCAGAGGGGUGCCCUUCCCAAACCAAUAUGGAUGUGGCAGCCUUGACGGAACGGAUCCGUUUUCGACGCUUUUAUCCUAACACGGAGGCAUGUUGGCGACUGGAGCGAAUCCACUGCGAUGUCAGCCACUGAAAGAUGAAUCGCUGGAGAAAAGCUGGCUAAAUUGGGGACUGUAAAUUCAGCCGCACGGAGAAAACCAAAAUAACCCAGCAUGCAGGCUGCCCAAAAGGCGCAAUGAUCGAAAACCUUGAGGUCCAACGCCCGAUGAAUGACCAAGAGAAGGCUGUCAGUAAUCGGAAGGCGCUGAGCAGCCGGGGAACCCUGGGAACGCUUGACCCCUCUUAUCACCCGUUGAAGCCGCAAGCAAUUAAGCAGAGGGUCAGGAAAACCUUGCUCAAUGUGCAAGGAGCGAACUGCAGAUAAAUAAACUUUAAUUGAAGAAUGCUGAAUCGAAUCUGCAAGAAAUGAAACAAACAAACAUAAAGUCCACUCAUCUGCAGGGCAAGGCGAGCCAUUGGAGUGGAGCUUUCCAGCUUGGCGGCAAAAUUCGAUGAACUUGCGUUGACCUGACGCAUAAGCUUUCCGGGUGGAAGGAGCCAGACCCUGGGCCAAGAAAUGCAAGCACCGCUGUUCUAGGGAGGAGGUGUUAAGCUGUCCAGCAGGAGCUGCGGAAUCGGACAAGGGCAGGAAUGAGCCUCCGGGGCCAGCUGCCUGAACUCCUGCCAACGGAAACGAGAGAUAGCAUCAGCAAUUUUGUUCUCGACUCCAGGAACAUGAGCAGGAGUGAAAGUAAAACCCCACCGCGCCGCCGAGAACAGGAGAUCACGGAGAAGAUGCAUUAAAGCUGGAACCUUCGAAGUCCUGGUCGUGAGAAUCGCAACUACAGCCUCGUUAUCUGAGCGAAAAAGGACAUGCUUCCUGGCCCACAAGGAUCCCCAAAGAUGAGCAGCAAUAACCACAGGAAAGAGUUCUUGGUAGGCAAUAGAUUGCCUGGCCUGCACCGUUGACCAGGCACCAUAAAACCACUGGCCUUGAGAAUAGGCGCCAAAGCCAACCGCACCUGCUACAUCCGAAGUGACCUCCAAAUCUGUGGCAGCAGACAUGCCAGGGUACAACCAGAACCCAACGCCAUGCCAAGAAGCUAGGAACUGCUGCCACCACUGAAGAUCAAGACGAAAUUCCUGGUUAAUCCGAACAGGAUGGUCCUUGUUACGGAAGCAGCACAGUAAAUCGAUAAAACGACGGAGAAAGGCUCUCCCUGGCCAAACUACUUUAGCAGCAUGGUGUAAAUGGCCAAUAAGGGACUCCAAUUCCCGCUUUCUGCACCAGCGACGAGGCAUCCACGAAUGAAUGAGUUCCCUUAGUGCAACCAAUUUAUCCGCGGGAAGACGGGCCACUUAGUUGACGGAGUCUAAUUCAAUUCCUAAGAUAGUCAUAGAAGUGGCUGGACCCACACAUUUGUUAGCGUGAAGAGGCAACCCCAGCCGGUGGCAAACCGAGAUUGCUGUGUUAAGAUUAUAAGCACACUGGAAUGACUGUGGAGGACCUGCGGUAAUAAAGUCAUCCAAAUAAUGUAACAGAUCGGAAAGGCGAUGCUUAUGGAGAAGGAUCCAUUCAACCAUAUCAGCUACGGAAUUGAAAAUAAAUGGUGCAGAACGGAGACCGAAAGGAAGCGAGAGGUCAACGUAGAACUGCCCACGCCACCUCAUACCCAGUAAGAAGCGGUCAUCUGGAUGAACUGGGAUGUUCCGAUAAGCGGAUUCCACAUCAAAUUUUGCCAUAAGGGCACCUGGGCCAUAACGGGAGACCAUGCGAAUAACUUGAUCAACCUUAAUAUACUGGAGAGAAAAAUCCUGAGGAUCAAUGCCAUCGUUAACACUAGCACCCCCUGGAGACGACAAAUCGACUAUCAAGCGCCAUUUGCCUGGCUGGCCCUUCUUAGGAAUGACCCCAAAACUGCUAAUAUGCAAACGAGGAAAAGGGGAGGAGGCGAAGGGGCCUGCAACCCUGCCCAGAGAGACUUCAUUAGCCAGAUACGCAUCAACAAUGUGGGCAUGGUGAAGAGCAGAGAGCUUGUUUCUGUUAGCUGGCUUAAGCUUGUGAGCUGAGUGGAAGCCUAACCGAAAGCCAUGCUGGAGACCCUGGAGGACAUAAGAAACUUGUUGCUGGUCGGGAUGACCGGCCAAUUCCUUUGAAAACUCCUCCACCUUAAGGGGACUAACUGCUGAUACAGGAGGGAGAACUGGAUGAGCUGGGAAGAAAAAGGCUAUUUUAAAAUAAGGCCGAGCCAGGCUGGGAAGGGGGUGAAGGGCAAACCGAAGAGAGAACUUUUGAACAACAAAUCACAAAAACUCAAACAACUUGACCACUUUAUUGCAGCAAAUACGGCCCGACCUAGCUACUGUUGACAAAAAUUAGGUAACGCAACUUAAAAAGUGAUUCGAUGACUAAAGGUCAGGAAACACGGAGAAAAAACUAAAGGCAAUCAACGUAGAUAAAAAAACAAGGCAGAAAAACAGUCAGGAAAACAAACAAGGUGCAUAAAUUAACGCCUGGUUUUCGAAGUGGACAAGGGCACGGAGGGAGGAGAAGCCGAUCUGCGUGACGACGUUUUGUCAAAACGACGGGAGCAUUCUGACGCACGGUGGGAACCUGCACAGGUGCUGCAGCGAUGGGCAAACCGACACGAAGCAAAUUGGGCCGAACAGCGGCCCCUGUUCCACGACCGGCAAAUGACCUGGGAGGAGUCAGCUCCAGAUGGUUCAGGUAGCUCGCUCAAGGAACCACCAGACCCAGAACGCACAGAGGCCCCAGCAGCGUGAAAAUUGUAAAGCUGAACGUUCAUGGUCGACCAGUCCACGAGCUUCGUUGCCGCAGCGUGCUGGCGGAAGGCCUGAUCGUAUGCCAGCCAAACACGACCACUGUACUGGCGGUACGUGCGCAGGAUGAGAAGCUUGUAAGAAGAUAAAUCUUUCCAGCGGUGCGGAAAAUACGACGUCAGAAUCAGCGUAAAAAUUGUAAAGGCUUCGGACCAGGUCACGAUGUCCUCGAUGCGUCGGCGUUGCUUUUUAGCGCUUGGCAAAAACACUAACCGCCCGUCCAGGAAUGCUUUCGAUUCCGGCUCAGUCUGAACAAUGUUGACUGACAGCAAAUCCCCCAAAUCCACGUACUUGCCGGCAACAAUUUGGCUAACCGUUUUUGCCGCAAUUGGUGAAAAACCAGGGCCAACUACAAACGGCUGUUGGAGUAGCGGUCCCGAUGGCAGGUUUGCAGCCAAGGUGCUGUCGCUGAGUGGAACCGGAACAGAAGCGCCCGCCGUGAUCGACGUGCUUAAAAUCGGCGAGCGCGGGGUUGCAAAAGUGGAAACAAAGGAUGGCACAAUAAAAUUAGGCCUACCUUGCGUGGCUGAAGGUGAAGAUAUCGCCUGUGGCUGCGGAAAGGCGCCUCCAGAAGCUAGAAAGGUCGCCGUUUGCUGCGACAAGCUGGGCGAUGGGGCGGGAACGCCCCCAAAAGCUGCUUGUGGCUCCACGCUAUCAGAAUUUCCAAGCAGAUUGCUCGAGCUAGAACCAGGACCUUUUUCUGCCGCUAACGAGGCCUUCACGGCAUCGACGAUUGCAGCGAUAAGAGCGGGAUCGUGGACACCAGCAGCAACAACUGGAGCGGAAACUGUGGAAGAUGUUUGUGGCGCCGAGUUUGCCGCAGAAGCGAGCGACGAAGGACCAGACGACUCGGCCUGCAAAAGGGUAUCCGAUGACGAAUUCUCCCCAUCCAAACGAGCAGCCAAACUAUUGUUGGUUCGACGAGUAGUCAUUGUACAAGCAAAAAACAGCAAGCAAGCAAAAACCAAAGCACAAACUGGCACGCAAACAGCAAGCAAUUGCAACAACACUUUGCGAAGAACUGCAAGCAAGCAACUGCGUAUAUAAGUCACGAGGUGCCCCUGCUAGAGGCAUCGGGCCACCCCAACUAUAGCUGGGGAAACUGCUGACCAGCAUUGCUUCGAGGUUAACUUUGCCUAAAUUACAUUUAGCCACAUUAUAAAUUCACUGCAAACAACAGAUCAGGGAUAAAUAACUGCUCUGAGUGAGAUUAGUAAGGCUUGUACAACUCAGAAAUCCAAUUUACUUGCACAAGUAUAAUAAUUAUGUUAUCAAUAUUUUUUUUACAGCAUCCAGGAACAGUCUUUACUGCUCAUAUUUCCUACCUGGAGAUCUAUAAUGAAAAUGGCUAUGACCUUUUGGAUCCCAAACAUGAAGCUUCAAAACUGGAAGAUUUACCGUAAGUUUGGUAAAACACUCCAAGAAAUUUUACUUUGCUUUAUCUUAUCUGUUGGACUGAGUUGCCUGCAAAUAGUAUAGAUAAACAUCAAUCAAAUUAAACUUACUGUAAAAUGUCUCAAGAGUUGUCCACAACCCCUGUUGUGGAGGGGCAAAAACUGGAAAAUUGUUUUUUGUGCAGUAUUCCUUUUGAAGCCCUUAGGCCUGGUUUAAAGGUUGCAUUUUAAAACGUGCCAAAUCUGAUGUAAAUUUGCAAGGACAAUAGACUUUCCUAGUAUUAAAUUUGGCAUAAAUUAUCUGAAAUAUGAUGUUUGCAUGAACCAGGCCAUAUGCUACUUUAGUCCAAAAUAUACAAUUUCUGUUAUUGUCGUCAGACCUGCCCUAAAAAUUCUUUUUUGUAUUAAUUUUCUUAGCAGACUCUGUCAGCUUUCACACUCGAAUACUACAUACCCAGGAUUUAACUGCUUGGGUUUGUUUAAUAAAAUGAGAGGGGCUUCAAAAUAAUUAAUUAACUGACUUUUCUAAAACAAAAGUUGCAUCUCUGUGAAAUAGAACUUGCUUCCAGGCCAAACUUUAUGCUCUUUUAGACUACAAUAUCUAAAAUCUAAUCCUACUUCAAACCUAAAGCAAACUUCAUAAAUCAUAAGCUUCAGCACUGGCAUACAUAUGCAUGAACAUGUAACUGUGUGGCUUACAUUUAAGAGAGUGCCCAUCCCUACCACCUCGUAGGUCACAACUAUAAUAUCUUGAUGAUGUUAAAGUACAAUGAGAAUACUUUAAAUCCUCUAUUAAGGAAAUUUGCAUAUGUUUCGUAUUAGCGGAAUUAUUGCAUUUCAAACUAAAAAGUCGAAUCUCGAGCGCGAUUUACGCAAAGAAACUGACAUAAAAUGAGUCACAAAGGGAAAUCAGAAAAUUCCGCACACUCUUUUUUAGGUCUUUUAUCUGUCAAUCAGAUGCAAUAAAAAGGAAGUGAAUAUUUAACGACGCGAAAGGGCUGGAGCUUCAGCAGUAAACUUGAUACCCCUGAGUUCGAGAGCAAAAAACUUAAGCGCCUUUUGAAAUUCGAUGAAAUAAAAUCUUUUAUAAGGUAAUUUAGUCUUUUAGCUUAAAUUUGAUAUAUAACUUGCCUUUGUGGCGAAAAUAGUCGCGCGACUAGAAUUUUUUUCUGUGGGCACCUCGUUUUCCUUUACCGAGACCUUAAUUUAUCCCAAUGCAUUACCAGUAGAAACAGAAUAAAAUAAAUUGAAGUUUUCCUACUUCCUGUUUUAAACCAAGACAAUGCAUGACUGUCUAUUAGUAUGAAGAUUUGAGUGAUUUUUUACGUGUUGUACAAGUUAUUUUCAAGAAUAAAUAUGGUAUCAGUUCUCCACAUUAAAGAACUAGACCACAAAGUGGAAAAGCUUCUAUCCUGAAUAAACCAUAGCAGAGCAGUCGACAUCAAGAAUUACUGAACAGUAAGGUCGUGAUUAAUUAAGACAGUCUUUCAAUAAGCAGAGAGGGGGGGGAGGCUUCAAAAAGUGGUGAUGGUUCAUAACUUUCUUCCUCUGAAAAGGAGGUGCUUAUUUAAGGAAGGGAGGCUUAAACGAGGAUUUAUGACCAUUAUUAUUUUUUUAAUGUGCUCUUUGGUAAAAAGAUGUCAUUUGAUCUUCCUCUAGAAAGGUGACCCUGUUUGAAGACAGUGAUAACAAUGUUCAUUUGAAGAAUCUUUCUCUGCAUCAAGCCAGUAAUGAAGAAGAAGGUAGGAGAAGUUGAUACUAGCCUGCGUAGCAAGCGUUUCCUUGCGAGGUUCGUCUAGAAAGCUGGUACAAGAGCAAAAAAAAUGAAUGACGGGGGAGGGGGAGGGGAAAGAAGGAACUGCUUGCCCGCAAACCCCACGAUUUUGAAAAACUGCGUUCGCCCACGAAUGCAGCUCCUGAUUGGCGCGGUGCGGGUGGUGUUGAUUACUUAGCAUUCGAAACAUCAAUCAAACCAGGUAUGCUUUGUUUUCGUGCGUCACAGAUCUGGUCUCAUCUGAUUUGUGGUCGCAGAUUACAAAUGCUUUGGACUGAUAUUUAUUGGAAUCGUUUUUGUGCGAAGGUUUAUGAGAUCAGAGUCUUCAAAGUAUAAUUGGAGAUCGAGCAGUGGAGACUAGGGAAGGCCAAUUUAUUGAGAAUCACGGCGUGCGGAUCUGACUGGAAAAAAUGGACUGUUUGUUGGAGAUAACAUCAACAUAAAUCAGAACAUCGGUACUCGACACUAGCUGAAGCCGCCAUGGACAAGCGAUUUGUCAGCUUUUUGAAAUGAAAAGAUUCUUUUUGUUUAUUGGAAAUUUAGCGGCAGCUAUUUUAGAGAACGUUUCGACACAGGCUGAAGAGCAGCCGCUCUGCAAGACUUAUACCCGACGGAGUGAAUUGUUCUUGACGUGUCGAAAGGCUUCAGACGAGAUAAAGCCACACAAUAAAAAACAAGAAAUUCCGCAUCAAUCGCUCGUGGUUUUAACUUUCUUUUAUCGUAAAUCUUUUUUAUUACAGUUCUUGCAAUCGCCUGCAACGUGUUCUAAUUUUACAAAUCUGGUAAUCCAGGGGUAAUCUGUUCGUUAUGUUUCUAUUUUGACGAGCUGUCAAUUUACAAAUGAACCGAACCGUGAAAUAUCAAGGGGCGUUUUCCAGAAUCGUGCGGUUUGCGGGCAAGCGUUUCCUCUUCUCCCCUCCCCCUCCCCCUUCAACCUUUUUUUUUGCUUCCGUUCUAACUUUCGCGCAAUAACUCGAUUGGAAGUGCUUGCUACGCAGGCUAUGUUGAUACUGAAAGUAACGUAUCAGUUAGAAGAACCUACAGUGUAAUCUAAAAAACUAUACGUGGACAGAUCAGAUAAACUACAUUGUACUACUCAAUCCUGAUAAAAAUAUUUUAAUUUAUAAAGUUCCCAUACCAUAAAAUAAUGACCUAAUAAGCACCCACUUCCAAUCAAACCCCUGUUAUCUAAUAAAUUAUAAAUGCCACCUCUAUGAUGUUAAAAUUUUAUUAGAUGCCCCUUUGUAAUAAAUGCCCCUUGUCUAAUCCAAAAUAUGCUACUAGGACUUAGGAAAACCGGAAGAAAAUCACUCAAUUCAUUCAGUUUCUUGCUUGACUAUCAAGGCAUUGGGAGUUUCGUCUUGUUCAAUGUCAAGUUUCAAUUAAGGAUGGACUAAUGAUGGCAACGCAAUAUAACCCUGAGUAGGAUUCUGACAUGGGUGUUGUGAUUUGAAAGAGCAAUAUGGAUCUCUAGACAGCCUAUACGUAUCAAUUGAUGGAGUGGAUUUUCCAAUAUUUUUUAACGCUCUUGAUGUUUUCGCUGAAAGCAUUAUUAGUUUUGUUGAGCUUGUUAUUGUUAUAAGAAUAAAUGUGUCCCUCUUUUAAAUGCGUCCUAUUCGUUAAAUGCCCCCGCUUGGACUCCUAAAAUUAAAAAGAGACUCUGGGCAUUUAUUAGGUCAUUUACGGUAUAGAUUAUUUUUAUUUCAGCUCUAAAUCUUUUAUUUCUUGGAGACACAAACAGGAUGAUAGCUGAGGUGAGAUUUUAUUUCUGAGUCUGUUAAUUUGAUUGUAAUGCCAAAAAUGAAAUAUGAAACAGUACCACCUCUCUGGUUUUGGGAAGUCAAAAACUGUACCAUAAUCGACCAGGAGAAACAUACAGCAGUUCUGCAUCAGGUGAAAUCAUCUCCGAGGGUGUUAUCCACCUCAAUCUGCAUAAUUCUUCGUAUCCUAUGAAAGGCGAAUUCAGUAAUUGCUUUAUUUUUCAGUCAAAAUAAUUCCUAGUUUAAAAACAAGGUAAAACAUGCUUACCUCCGUCAUUGUUAAUUUCAUCUCGAUAGUUCAUGUUUAUUGGAAAGUUUAGAAGAUAAAGGGCCAUUCUGGUCUGCAAAUAUACUCCAAAUAGCAGAUGUUGUCCGUUGAGUUGUCUUCUUGCUAUGUUUUUUAGACAACAGUUCACCAUGAAGUGAGUAAAAUGUUUGCCAACUUACUGUUCUACCAUUUUGUUCUCACUACCAGAACAGAUCUUUUUGGUUAACGGUUCAAUAAUCUGCAACUUUGCUGCACUUUUGAUGUCAUCGCGGUUCAAUAUGGCAAAACUCUUCCAAAUUUGGUCAACAGUAGCUGGUUAUGAUAAAUUAUGCAUGUGAUUUUAGCCAAUCAGAAACAGAGAAAUAUUUUGAAUGAAUGAUAAUAAACCUUUUUAAUCUGUAGACACCCAUGAAUCAGGCAUCAACCAGAUCCCACUGUAUUUUCACCAUCCACGUCUCCUCACGUGACCCUGGAUCUGCUACCAUACGACGAGCCAAGCUACACCUGGUUGACCUGGCAGGGUAAGACAUUCUAACUGUUAUUUAAGUCAUACAACUUUAAUUCCCCAAAGGCCUUACAACCAGCUUAUAAUGAUGUCAAAUUUACAUUAAGCAUGUUAAAAAAGAUUUGUAAUAAUAUUAUUAUUAGACUACUUCUGAAAUUUGUGACAUGUCAGCAAGACCAAGAUGAGGGAAGGCCUUGUAAAACUUGGCAAUAUUUACAGUUUUUAUGUCUUUCAACUUUUGUUACCACAAAUUUGUGCAAAGAAUUUUACUGUGUCAAGACUCGUCAUGAAUAAUAUUAAGCCAAUGGAGCAUGAAAUCAGAAUGCAAAAGCACGCACGAAGGACUGAUUACCAAUUCUGGUGCUCAAUUUGCCUUUCUGCCAUGGGUCAAGCCAGUUUUCAGAUCUAUGUAUGCUGUGGUAACUUGGGUUUUUGUUAAUUUUCCAACUUUGACUAGUAAAGUAGGAGUUACUAAGAGCCUUAUUCCAUGCACUUAAUCAAUUGCACCCUAUUUUUCUUCUACUUACAGAUCUGAGAGGGUUGGAAAGACCAAUGUUGGUGGAACUUUACUCACAGAAGCCAAAUAUAUCAAUUUGUCACUUCAUUAUCUAGAGCAGGUUAGAACAGUGACUUUUGUCUGUCAUUCAUGAUGCCUCUCUAUUUAUUGGCAGUGUGCAGUAGCAACCGUAGAUGUCCUCGUGGCAAACAGUUAUGACGUAACUCUUGCCAAAACUCAAUAUGUACAUUCUGCAUGACCAUGAAAUCGUCGUCUCGUUUUGAUAGAAUUAAUAAACUCGACCGCGAUUACUUGUAUUGGCAAAUUUUAUCACUUAUUUGCCCCCUGAAAUACCACGUGACAUAGCUUUUAUCUCAUCGAUCCUUGGCGCAGGCAAAGAUGGCGGAUAUCGUGAAUAAGGUCUAUUCAGUUGAUGCAAUUAAAAAGAGCUGUAUUAGCUUUUUAAAAAGAUAGCAAAUAGCCUGACAUAGCCCUGUUAAUAAGACCUUACGGGCAUGUACCCACUGGGGAGUAAACUAUUGUUCUAUCUUUCUGUGCUUUAACAGGUGAUAGUGGCAUUGUCAGACAAGUCCAGGAGUCACAUUCCUUACAGGAAUUCCAUGAUGACCUCAGUCUUAAGAGACAGGUGAGGAAGUAGCCUGCAUCGUAGAUGUAAUCAAGCCCUAGUUAGUAACAUCUGUGAAGCAGUGUGUAUAUUCUUGUUCUUGAUCCCCAACGGACUCAAUGAAUUACCAGAGAUGCACUUUAAAUUUCCCUUCAAUCUGAUUGGCAAAUUGACAGUGGCACUUUUAACAGGCCAUUCAUGGGAUGUACUCAAAUCCUGGUAUACAAGGGGUACUCAGAACAAGGAUUUUGGCACUUUUUCACAGACGGAUCGAGGUAACCAGAAACUUAGUUCCAUCUGUGGCAGACGCUAGUGUCAGAAAGCAGAAUGAAAAUUUAACAGAAGAAAACAUUUGACCUCCCUGUACGCAUGUCCUGCUAAGUUUUUUUAUUCUUAUAUCUGUUAUAAUCUUUAUGUUUCAGUCUUGGAGGAAACUGCAUGACCACAAUGAUAGCAACAUGUUCCCUUGAAAAGAAGAACAUUGAUGUAAGUUUGUUUGCAGUGUAAUUUGCCAAGAUCCUUUUUUCUUUGUGGCUGCUGUAAUUGGAUGAAAAUUUCUGUGCAUAUUGUUUCUGAAAAGAAUAGGAAAGAAAUCUUUUGUCGUCCGAUUCAUGUACUUCCGUUGAUAUAUCCUUGAUGUUAUCUACUAAUUGAGUUAGACACCAACCCCACACGGUCGUCAAAAGUGCCGGCGAGCAGUGAUGUUACGGCCUAUUUCUGUAGUUUUAGUGGCUGCAAUUCGCUGUUAAAAGAAAAAAAUAGUGGAAGAAGGCCUAGGUCAAACGUCGAACUUUUCAUGAGUCAAACCAAACUCUAAUUUGGGUCGACCGAAAUUAAGUUAAGAUCGUCUGUCGGGUCAGACGUCGAACCUAGGAGCCGUCAAACUAAUAAACUGAAUCGUACCAAAAAGCAAUUUUAAUAAAUUUUCUCCCGAACAAGGCUAAAUAUACAUUAUCAUACAAAUUUUAAACUUCUUAGUUUAGUUCGUCGCAUGUGAAGAUCGACGUUUGUCCUGGAGAUGAUCUUCAGACGUCCUAUCUGCCUGAAGCAGAAGGUAGAACGUGUUCUGACGUGGUGGACGAUCCCAACUUAUUCAGACGAACUUAACUGAGCCAGACAUCGAACUUUUCAUGAACUUAACUCACUAAGUUUGGUUCGUCUCAUGAAAAGUUCGACGUUUUGCCUAGGCCAAAAGGUGUUAUACCAUUUUGCCAUCUCUGUCUCCUUCCUAACUUUCUCCUUCUUCUUGAAUUCGUUUUGACAACCCUGGUCCAGAAAGUAGACUGAGGCUGAAAGAAGAGAUCCAAAUCCAAUCAAAGUCAACUCCCUUUAAGAUGGAAACUAAUUAUACCAUCACUACCCUAUACAUUUUUUCUUAGAUAGGAGGGGUUAACCCUUUAAUCCCUGAGAGUGAUCAGUAUCAAAAUUCUCCAUGUGAUAUCAAUGCUUUAUAAAACAGAUUGGUGAUGCGAGUUAAGGAGAUGAUCACUCAAGAUAUAAUAAGUUGAUACUUCAACAACUUCUCGCUACUGCUUUUAUAGGAAACGUAUAGGGACAGCAAAUGGGAAUUUGAAUUUUGAUAUCAGCUCUUAAACGGUUAAAGGAAAGGACUGAAGAACAGCAGGGACUAACGUUGAUUGUCCAUUUUAUAGAAUUGUCCAUUAAGAAAGAGUUGACUGAAUUUAUACAGACAAUUCUUCUUGUGCCUUUGGGAGAAUAUCUGUCCAAGUCUGUUUGUCUUUUUGUCCUGUCCAGGAAUCCAUUUCAACUUGUAGGUUUGCACAGAGAGUAGCCAUGAUAAAGAAUGAUGUCCUACUGAAUGAAGAAAUAGAUCCUAAAUUGGUAAGUUUUUGUCAUAUAGCUUUUUUAUAUACAAAAAAAGAAGUUAAACUUGGAAAACCUUGAACAUGUAAAUAUUUCAGGAAUGUUGAUGGUGUAGCGAACAAGAAAGUUCUGGACAUGCGAGCAAACCCCAAACUCACGAAGUCAUUUUUUGUUUGGCUGUUUGGUUUAGUCUUCUCACCCUUGAAUGUAUUUUUUCACCCAAGAAAAAUAACAUUUGAGAAGUAUUUCUGGUAUUCACACUUAUCUUGUUUUCGCCAUAAAACAUGUGAAAUGACGUGUAUCACAUUUGUCCCUAGCUGAUUGCACAACUUAAAGCAGAAGUCCAAAGGCUGAAAGAUGAACUAGCAAUGACCACAGGACAGGAGUACACAGGAGAACUAACAGAAGACGAAAUGGACAGGUACUGUUCAUAAGUCAGAGCUGCUAUUUGCUGGUGGCCGAGAAACAAGGCCUAGCAAAUUGUUUUGGAAAAUUUCAGAUGUCAAUGCUGUUACAUGUACAUAUUACAGGUACAUGUAAGUUAAGGUCAUUUUCAAGACAUAGCGUGAAGAUUCUGUGGCAUGGAGGCAGUGAGGUGAAGUGAAGACUUUAUUUAAAAAUGGUGACACUUGACGGUUACAAUAGGGUCUUAUAAGCUUGUGGCGCUUAAAAAACAAGGAGGGAUGAAGAAUGGAGCUUGCACAAUUAUAUCCUCAAGAUUAAUAUUUUUAUUUCAUAGCCAGAGAGGUGUAAUGGAAUAGCUCCCAAGGGGUGAAUCAAGGAAUCCCCUUGGUUUUAUUGACAUAGCAACCAAGAGUUUACAACCAAGAGUGUGUUCAUAUCACCCCUUGGGUACAUGCGUGUGUCAAUAAAAUUAUAGCCCUAGGGAUACAUGGAUGUAGCAACCCAGAGUAUAUUGAUGAUAUUGCCCCUUGGGUGUGUAUUAACUUACAACCAAGGGCAUAUUAACAUUAGCCCUGGGUAGAUUGGUAAAGCAACCGACCGCUUCAAACCACUCCACACCAACACAGCUCCUACAAAAACCACUCAAGAAAAAAACUCGGCCAUCCUGCCCCUGACGAAGCAACAACGUUCCAUGUGAGCCUACACUUGUGAGUUUAAUCGACUGGUGGAGAUUGCUAAGCUCGUGGCGGUUAACGUUAUUCAGUUUUCGAUUCAAGUAAAUCCUGGCUUUUGAAUUGCUUUUACAGACUGCGCAGAGUGGUAAAAAGUUACAUCGAGGAUGCUGAUCCAGAAGCAGCACUGAGCGUCGGUGCUGACAUGAGAAAAAUCAACUAUUGCUUCCAACUUCUUAAGGUCUGUUAAAAACAGCGCAAUGUUUUGUUGCAAUGUGGGUCUGUAAGUUUGCACAGAAAGUGCUUUGAUGUUGCAGUCACUGUCAACUUAUUUUAUUGAUCAGGUUAUAACUAAUUACGGUAAAUUUAAUAUACACUUCUCUGGUCCUUCUGUUUGGAAUAAUCUGGAUGAAAAUUAAAAAAAGUAGUUCUUUGCAUUUAUUUAAGCAAACGAUGAAGGCAAAUCUUUUAUCCACUUACUUUUGAUGCUGGCAAGCGUGGUGUGACUUACCCUUAUUAAUGUAAACUUUACAGUUAUCUGGUACCGUUUCGUUUUUGUGUUAUUCUGGUAUAUUUUUGGUUAUUAUAUUGUGAAUUCAUUUAUUUAUUUAUCAUUAUCUUUUUUCUCCUAAAUUUAAGUUCUAGUUAUUUUGAGAGACUAACGGGUUAUUUGUAGUUAUAACUGUCAUUUUUAUGCAUUUGGUAUUAUUGCUUUCAGACUCACGUUUUGGACAAAGGCAAGAAGAAUCCUUCCCCUCCGCCACAAAGGUAAAUGUUUACCCUGUUGGAUAUGAACACGUGUGAAGGUUACCACCCACGAGAAGAGCCAACACAUGGAGUUUUACAUCAAGGAUGAGACGCAGUGUUUCACCACCAGAUGAAACACUGAGAUGAGAGCUGAAAAUACGACGCGCAGCGGAGUAUUCUUGACGAACUUCAAGGUGUUUCAUCUGGUGAUGAAACACUGUGUCGAAUGCCUGAUAUUACUUCCCAAACAAAAUGAUUUUAGAAGGAGAAAUUAAGGAUGUAAAAAUGGGCAGUUUCUCAUCUGAUUUCCAAACACGCAUUAAACCUUAAUUUCCUUUGUAUUUUCUUUAUGAAUUAUUAAUGAUUCUGAGAAGGACGAGGAAAAAUCAUAUUCUCUAUUGCUGAUAAGGGGUCACAGAUAGUCUAACGACAUAUCUGAAGGAAAAGGUCUGCUCAGAAGCAAUGAAAUGUGAUUAAUACCUACAAGUUAUUCUCUUAAAGUUUACUAACAAAUCGCUAAGACCAUUUUGUGUUGUAGCGUAGAGGUGAAGAGGCUAACUUGUGAAACUCCGGAUCUCUGCAGGUCCGGUCACUCCACAAUGUCUUUCUUCACCCAGGGGUGAAAAUGGGUACCAGCCACUUAUUGCUUGGGGGGGAAGGUACACUAGGAGAGACAAGCAUCUCAUUCAGGGAGGAGCGACAAUACCCUUAGAGGCUUGAUCCAAUGUUACUGAGACGGGGUUAUUCCUCCCCCCUCUCUCAAGUGGACUGAGUUGUGCUGAAAUUAUUUUUUCUUUGUAACUUUUGAAUCUGUAGACGAAAACUUACGGUUUUGCCUUUGAAACGAACCCUUUUUGGUAGAAUUUUCACGUAGUACUGUUUAUUUCUCAGGAUUUAACAGAAAGAAAUUUGGAAUUUUUUGUGAUUUUCCACUUUGCUCCCUUUAAGGAUUGAAAGCGUUUAGCUCCGGCCUUGCGUUCCUCUCACUGGCUCUUGUCCGCCCUUAUCAUACCAUUCUGUAACGUUAAAGGCUCAACUCGCUACAUAUGUAAUGUAGUGUGUUUUUUUGUUUUCAUCUAUUUCUCUCUCUAGUAGGACCCCAGCUGAUGAUGGCAGCUUUGAUAGCAGUUACCUUGGUAACCAGACGGAGCUGAACAAGCUGAAAGAGCUCAUCCGACAGCGAGACAAUGAGAUCAAUAUCCUUUACCAUCGGUUUGAAAAGAGGUAUUGGUUUAACAACUGGCUACUGUGUUGUGGCUGCAUGAGAUGGCUAACCAAGGGUUAUGUUUUGCUAGAAUCGUAAUCAGACCGUUAAGUCCUUUGAUACACCAGUUCUGCUCACGGGUGUCGGUAGGCAACAAUGUUUGAUGCCCAUUUACAUUAUGGCAUCGUCUCUCUACCCAGCUGCCCAGCCGUUUUUCAAGGUUAAUGGACGUUAAAGGUCUUAAGAUAUUUAAGAUACACAGUUUCUCUUUAUGGCCGCGAAAGUGUUUGCCACGAAGAUAUAUAUGUUGUGGUUUAAUUUUAUCCUUGGUUUAAAUUUUAUUUUCAUUGGUUUUUGGGUAUGGUAAUGUAUGAUAAUGAAAUUGAACCAAAGGGAAAUGAAAUUUAAACCAAGGAUAAAAUUAAACCACAACUUAUAUACCACUAUGAUUUCUCGGAUGUGAUAACGCCAUCACCGUUCUACCUAGUAGCCAAGCCGUUUCUCUGGGGUAAGGGGCAGUCUACCCUUAUAUACGGCUAAUGUAUUGCUACCCGUCCCGUACAUGGAAACGGUGUAUCUUAUGGUCUCUAUUCUCCCGGCAUUAACGGACACGGUACGAGUUAUUUUACCCCUGCACGGAAGCGGUGGCUUUUUUAAGGCCUCUAUUGUCAUCAGUGCAGAAGCGAGUGACGUGUCGCAUUUCAACACUGUAUGUAAAGUGCUGCGCAGGGGAUUUCGUUUGAAUGGUUACAAUUAGAGAGCUUUAAAUUCUGAGACGAGGACCACUGUGCGUACGAGAUUUUCUCAGUACUAAGUAGUGCUCACGCGUGAACCAGCAUCAUUUUGGCGCGAAAACUAGGUAGCCGUCGUUAUUCUAUUACGAGUUUUAGCGAGAAUGUCGUAGUGGCGGAAACAAGUUAUCAAAUUUGAGAAGUUUAAUCAUUUUGCGACUGGGAAAGGGCAAAACCUUCUCCAAUAAAAAUAACCGCACUAGUUUUUCAGGUGAAAAAUUGUGCAAUGAAGCUUUCCGGGCUGAAUAUUUUUCGAGAGUACGCGAAAAAACUUUAAGUUAAAUGUCGUAAUCGUAGUCGUCCUUGUCCGUAAAUCUAAAGCUCUCUACAUGUAUUAUGAAAUUGCCCACAGCCGGAUCAAGCUCCUUGGUUAACGUAGUGGAAAAGCAGCGCGUUAAGUUAAGUAGCAUUUCCAGUAAAUGAAUGGUCAUGUUUAAUCGUUACCUCAAGAACAUAAGAAAAUUUGUGCCAAUUUCUACUUUGGAGCAACUAAUAAAACACUACUCGAGAGCACCAAAAAACAGGAAUUUCACGUUUCAUCAACCUUCCGCUUUUCUGUGUUGUACUUGUUUAACUUGCCUGAAGGUAUUUUCAGGUUUACAGGCCAUUGAAUUUAAUUCAUAAAUCACUAACCAAUGACUAAGUAUAAAUUUGACUGGCCUUAACUGAGUUUCCGUGUUAAAACUAAAAUAUGUCAUUUUUUUGACUUAUGUAACGUAAACUUACCAUUUAAGAUCUAAAUCUGUUUACUAUAACCGGUAUAAAUUAUAACAUAUAACUAUAACCUAAUUUCAAAUAUUUUGGGAUAACUAAAAUAUCAAUUGUUGGUAAAAAUAAAAAGGCUAAGAUCGUUAGUAUAAAAUUACGUCUGUUCCUAUUGACUGUUUUGAGGUCGAUCGUGAGACUGUUUAGCCUGCACCGCAGACUUAGUUUUAUCCCGGCUAGUAACGUCUACGAAGUCAGCGCCGAGAUCCUUGUUCUAGGCCUCCAACUUACUCAGGCACUUAACGGAAAUGCUUUCCGAAUUUCCGUUUACCCUGAUUGACAAAUUGACAAUGGCUUUGUAACAAUCCAAUCGAUGCGCGUACUCAAAUCCUGGUACGCAGAACUCAAAGUUACGGAUUAACAUUACAAAUAUGAAGAAAGGGAUUACUAACAUGGUUCAUUUUUUUGCCUUGGUGUUGACCAUCCUCGCAAUGAUUUCAUUUAACAGCUUCUAACAGAUUCGUUCAUUUCUCGCUUUCGUUGUCGUUAUUUUGGUUUUUGUUUGCUCAGUGGGUUAACAGAUUUUCACAAUGAUUAAAAACCCCACGUUUAAUUCUGGCAGUUAAGAUAUAAAUUAAUUAAGCUGGAAGUAGGCAAGAGUGGACGACACUCUCUUAAAUUGUAACUGUAAACAGAAGGUGAUAAUGUAAUAUGUGAAAUGGCUCUUUCAAUUUUUGGCACUCUUUACCCUCUGAAAAUAUUUUUAUAUAUUUAUGUGCUCUGGCUUGGCGUUUUCGCACCCUGUCAUUGGUUGAAAAUUGAUGGAGUACGUCCCAUACAAGCCAGAACAGACAUGCCUCUGUUUUUGUUUUACGAGGCUCAUUAUUGCAAACAGCUCUAACAUUACAACCCUGUGUUUCUCAGGCUUAACUGGGAAACAACCGGACUGACUAGUAGCUAUGCUUUACUAGCGAGCGGCACAAACCUGUUUAAACUGGACGAGGCUUUUAAGUUUACCACAGAAGAUCUAGGCCACUGGAGCUUCACGGCGACCUCGCACAAGGACGAUACCGCAUUUAUAGGACAAAUGGACCACGAAGCUAUGCGUACCCUUGCCAAAUUAUCCGUUGAUAUCGAGUGUUUUACCCUGAGGGAGUUAAAACAAAUGCAUCGACGUUCUCGAGUAGCUAUUGAAGCUGAGAUGACUAAUAACUUGCAUAUACAUAAGCGGAUAUUAAAGCUGUUGGAAGAUCACGUUGUGUUCGACUCGGAGCAGCGAAGAAUGCAAAGACUGAAUGUCGCUCGUAAAGAGGCGAUGGCCAGUUAUAAGAAAGCCUUGGAGCGCUGCACCAGAACGCACGACAAGCUGCGAGAUGCUGAAAACAAGAGGCUGAAGGCUGAAGAGGAAUAUCUUGACGCUAUGAUGGAGUUGAACAGAGCUGAGCAAGAGAAGAAAAGGGUUAUUUCUGUGAUCGAGAACCAACAUGUUGGCGAAGGAGCACGAAGAAGGACAACCUCAAUGUAACAAGCAGAGUCAAAUUUAAGGGAAAAAUGAGCGUUGAGAUAGUUAAACCUCAAACUGCACAGGAAGCGAUAUAAAAGAAGUGCAUGGCUACCAGAAACCUCUCGUUUUCCUAGGCCAAAUUAAAUUAAACAAGAAUUUGAAAACGGAAAACGUGUGUCCUGUAGGCUAUAGUUUACUUUAAAGAAAAACUAUUCCAACUUCCGUGAAGUAGAAGAAACGUACCGCAGGAACAGAAAUAUCAAAAUGUGUAGAAUAAUCAACUUUGCUACAGAAAAUGAUAAUACCAAAUGACUCGUGUUUAGAAUCGGUUAAAAAAUAGAAUGAUUUCCCCCCAAAACUUCAGGGCUUCGACCAUUUUUAUAGUUAUACUCUAAAAAUAAUAGUUUGUACGCCUCUAAAGAAUAUUAAAAAAUAUCUAAAUAACUGUAAAUGGUUUGGUAGAUUUUAGCCGUUGCACGUUUUUCUUGAAAGACAGAUCAAUUACAAAAAUUCCGUUGAUGUAGCAGUAUGCCACAGGGAAAUAAUGCUUUUGGUAGUAUUAAAAUUGAUAAAAGCUUUUGAGGCACACAUUUUUAUUACAAUAUUGUAUAUGUUUGAUAAAAGUAGUAAUAAAUUGUUAAAUAACUGCCGUUAUUAACUGGCCCUUAUUGUUUAAAACAGAGAUUAUUCUAAGGUGAAAACCAUUUUUGCAUGGUCACGUGCGUACUCUAAUGAUAAAUUUUUUAGCCAAAUUUAUCAAGGAAAUUAAGUGAUUAAUAAAUAAAUGCAUUGUGGUUGCUAACAAAGUAACCAUGAUAAUUUUGUAGUAAAAUCUUAAGUGAAAAAAUAAAGUGGAAAAUUUGAAAAGUGAACACGGCAUAACUUCUAAUUCGUAAAUAAAUGUUUUUGUAAAAAAAUUGCUGCGUGUCUAAAGAGGAUCUGACGAUAAUAUACCGUUUAUUUAACUUUUUCUUCAGUUAUUAGAGUUCAAGAUAAUAUGAAGUUCCCUUUUGAAAAAUAUCGGAAACAUUUCAUUUUAGUAAUAGUCGCACCGUUUCAUUCCAGAUUGAAAAGUUGGUCCUAUUGUAUGAGCCAAUACGCGUCACAUUUUGGCUCUAACUUUUUAUAAACAGAAGACAAAUAUAUUUGUACAGAACUAGUGUAUCAGCCAUAAAAAACUGCUCCGUCUCAGUACAGUUGAAGGGGAGAACUUCUAUUUUUCAUUUUAUUUAUGUACACGUUGCAUCCAGCUUUCUCCCACGUCCCCCUCCCACACCUGUUUGUGUUGUGAACAUUUACCACUGGUGGCGACACUGGUGGCACUUCAAAACCAGUUGCAUGUGGGCUUAGCGACAUAAUUCCCAAAAUAUGACCUAAAAUUCUUUCCGGAAUUUCCCCGGAAAAUGCUCUAAAAUUCUUUUAGAAACGUCUAAAAUUCUCCAAAAACUCUCGAAAGUUCCCAAAAAUUCUCAAAAAAUUUCGCCUUUUUUUAAUAGCGAGGGCCCCUUUUGGUGAAUAACUGCUGCUAAGUUGUAGUGUAGACGACUCUGAUGAAACCCGCUGAUUUGUUGUGUUCAGUAGACUAGUAGACAGUACUCUAGACACUGCUGUUGCAUGUUAGCGGACUGAGCCCUCUCUUCAUCGGUAGGAACAUAACAAAAAACGUUUUGUCAACGUUUUUGCCGUGAAAUAUUGCCAAAAUGUCGGGUGAAUGUUCAAAUUGCUCCAAAAAAAAUUCCGAAAUUAUGCAGCUAUGCCUAGUUGCAAGGGUGAUUUUUUUCUAUUUUCUCCUAUAGUGCUGGUUGAGUAAGUUUCAUAUUUAAUUCGGGAGCCAAUCAAGUAAGCUGUCACAUAUUUUCCCGCGUUUUUCUCCAGCGUAUUCUCCCGCGCUUUUCGCCUGGCGAGAGUUUGACACCAGCUGGUUGUCAAUUAACUUCGAGAGUUUUGAUUGGUCCAUCAAAUGUUAGAAAGGCGCCCGCAAAGACUAUAAAUAAAUAAUAAAAAUUUUGACAAUUUACUUGCAAAACCAAUGAACUGGUAACCCGUCACGAAUUGACGCGGCUUUAACAGGAAUAGGGGUCGGGAGGGUCCGCCUUAUAGACACUAAAGAAACAUUAAUAAAUAAUUUUUAAUUGUUUUAAAUUAGUGGAACCAGUAAGCUUUGAGUAGAUAACAACCGCUAGUAAAGAACAUCUAGUUGGACAAAUUUCAGGGUUUGUUAUAUAGAGAUGAAUUUGUGAUCAUGUUUUUUAGCUUUUGGGAUCUGUACAGAGUUCUAAUGAGCGAACAAAAUAUGACUGAUACUAGAUUUAAAAUAAAAAUUGACAACAGUAAACUGUAACAACGAGAUAAUGUUGUCUCAAGAGAAAGAAAAUUAGAGGGCUCAGCGUAGGAGAUGUUUUUAAGGUGGUGUUGAUCGGGUUAUUCUUUGAUUUUUACCCUCUGACAUCAUGUUGCCGGCUGAGAGGCUUUUGGCGGGAAACAGUUUUAUUGUUUUAUGUCAUGUGACUUCGAAGUAACCAGUGAAGUCGCUCGCUGUUGGGGUAAAAUUUGUAGCUAUGUAACUAUGCACCUUAACUAAAGCUCAGACAUCUUGGUCGGCAUGUUGAAGAAAGAGAAAAAGCGUACGGCUGAUUUAGAGAUGUCUGCACGACACGGAGGAGGCCCGUUGCAAGACGGGGUGGGUGCGGCACGUGAGAGGGUGAGGAGAAGCACCAGUCAGACCUUGAGCGAUGACUCAGAGAGCGAAAUGUCCCACCUGAGGUCUGCCAGCAGAGCAAGAGUGAAAGAAAGGCCGUCUUCUGAUACUACGGAGGUGUGUCUACAUUUCUUGCAUUUGCCCGUUCCAAUCAAUAUUGGGCCAUUAUCACCCAAUAUUGUUGGUUGCAUUAUCAUCCAAAAUUGCUAGUUAAGUCAAAGUGAUUCUCGGAGGCGUGGUGGUCUUGUCAUUAACUCAUCAAACUUUGCUUCUCAAGAUCCGGGUUUCCUUGGACUGGAACUUUGCGCCAAUCAAUGCUGGGCCAUUAUCAUCCAACAUUGUUGUUACGUUAUUGAUUCUAGGAGGCGUGGUGUUCUUAUUAUUAACUCAUCAAACUUUACACCUCUAGGUCAUAAUUUUAGUUCUUACCAUGGCAUUGUUUCCUUUUUUCCUUUUCCUCUAUAUUUUCUUUGUCAAAUUAACUUUGGCGGUUACCCUGGGAUGGACAAAUAUUCCAUCCGAUGGGGAAUAAUACUCCUAAGUUCUUAACCGGGAUAAUCAUUGGCCCGUACUAGGAAACUGGCUAUAAUCAUACCCGAAGCUGUCCUUUAAAUGUGACUGAUAAACAUAUUGGGCGAUACUGGAUGUUGUUGGCUAACAGACGUGGUUUGAAUCUGUUUAUUCCCGAUCUGAAGUUCUUUUCAAAGGUAGCCUGCAUAACAGGCGCUCUUAUGAGCCAGGGGAGACAAACGUGGCAUUUUGCGCGUCUCGCGCUUCACGCAAAAUGCCGUGUUCGCCUCGCUUCGCUCAUAAAGCGCCUGUUAUGCAGGCUAAUCCAAGGUGGAGACCCCCUACGAUGCUGAGAACGUGCUCUAUUCUAUGAGUCUUUAUCUCGGGACCAAGCUUAACCCUUUAAUCGCCUAAGAGUAAUCAGUAUCAAAAUUCUCCAUGUAAUAUCAAUGCUUUAUAAAACAGACUGGUGAUGAGAAUUAAGGACAUGAUCACACAAGAUGCAAUGAGUUGAUACUUCAACAACUUCUCACUACUACUUUUAUAGGAAACAUAUAGGGACAGCAAAUAGGAAUUUGAGUUUUAAUAUUAGGGCUUAAAGGGUUAAAAAAAAAGUUUACCAUCCCUUAGUCACUACUUGAGCUGUGCAAGUUUUUCCUUGCAGAAUCGUCAUCACCCACAAGCUUCUUUAGAAGAAUCAAACCACCAUCGGCCUUCAUCUGCCUACAGACGAAAGCUUGGUAUGUUCCUGCUCGGUUUUAGUCGAGGAAUUAAGAACCGGAAGAACAAAAUAUGGAGAACGUUUAAAUCCUCUGAGAAAAAGUUUAUUUUUGAUUAUUCUUCAGCCAUAAGGAAUCGCAACCCAAAUCUAAAAGGUUUGAAGUUUGCGGAAACACAGACUGUUAAGGCAGAUUGAAUAUUAUCGCUACGAUCUUGGACAACAGACGACCAGCGAUGGUGACAAACUCCUUGACCACAGCGAUCAUAAUGAAAGCAAGCGAUAAACAUAGAACUGAAGUUUGUUUGUUUCAGCAAUCGUUGAAGAGUUGUUUCCAUAUACAAUUGCUGCGAUCGUAGUGAUCAUACAGGAACCAGCCUCUAGGAAAAAAGGUCAAUUUAAACGACUUUGAAUUGACGUUAACGCGCGUGUUUGAUGCUGUUCAGUGUUCACCCUUCUCGCUUAUGUUUUGUUCCUCCUCUACUUUUUAGAUGAAAUGUCAGUGGGAAGGAAAGAAGCUUUUGAGACUUUCCGGCGAGACUACGUGCAUAAUGACACGAUAGAGGAAAACAAACACAACCUUAAGCAAAGGUUGGUAUUAAUGUGAUGUCUAGUGUCUCAUUACUCAAUACCAUUCUAAUUUUUUCAUUAUCAAUUUUUAUCUUCAGAUACGCGGAAGCCAAGAGACUUGGCGAGCAAGUGAACACAUCGCGCCAAAAAAUAAGUACGUUGCUCUUCCAUCAACAUCUAGCAUUUGCCGUAGACUAUUUUAAUUAAUUUAUCUUUUCUAUGAUUGCAGACUCAAUAAAAACCCAAAUCGAGCAACAUAGAGUUCGUCGGUCAAUGCAAGGUAUUUUAAACUACUAACUUAGUGCUACUGUUAGUGACAGUGAUGCUGUUUUGUUUCUCGAAGUUCAUUCGUUUACAUGUGUUUUCAAGGUUUUGUUAACGGAACCGAGGGAGUUGAGGAUAUCGACCCAGUAGAACAGAAACUUAGACAGGCUAUCGAAGAGGAGAAGACAAAGUGAGUACCUUAAACAUUUGUUCUUGUCGAAAAAACGCCUCUCCUUUUUGCGCAAGUUGUUUUCUUUUGUCGUUCGUGGGGUAGUGGCCCUCCAAGCUCCCUUAUGUUAAGCUUAAGGCACCGGCAUACGUGAGCAACUCGUCUUGUGGCGGGUCGGAGGCUGUCUCCAUGGGAAGUCCACCCGGAGGGCGGUAACUGUAGAGAGUCUCACCGACUGCAGGCUAAGUUCGCUUGAGGGACCGAGUCACCUACGGGAUAUCAGGUUCGGGCAAAUGGGGCUCUUUAUCCUUGUCCGGAAGCCCAUCUAGAAGAAGGAAACUUCAAACCCAAACCAGGCUUGGAGAGGGAUGGUCUCGGCCAGGCUUUAUUUGCCCAUGAUACGCCACAUGUCCGUGGCGCCCCAACGGUCACCAUGACUAUGGGAUAGGUGUAAGGUGAAAGUGGGGUAGUCAUUUUCUGACCUCUCGAAUCAGUUAAGUUAGACUAUAAAAACUAAAACCAGCCACAACUUCUCUCUUUUUACGGUAAAUCUCACUACGUUUAACACAAUUAUUAAGUAAUCCGUUGAACACUUCUAUUUUCCCACUAAUUUAAGGUGCUUUGCAAUAUUUUAUCUGCUUAGCACCCCUUUUGUUUAUUCGUCGUUCGCCACCCGUUCCCUAUUUUCCUGCGCUUAAGGCGAUGUUACACAAGACGAUUCGCAACGAUGAUUUGUAGCACAACACAGCGUUGCAACAUUGUUGCGACAUUGUUUUGAAUGCUUGCAACUUUGUCCCAACAUUGCAACGCUGUGUUGCCCUGAAAAUCGUCGUUACGAAUCGUCCGUGUAACAUCUCCUUAAGUUUAAGCCUUUUGACAGAUACCCCUUUUAUGUUUUUCUUAUGCCAUACUUCUGACGCAUAAUUUCCUGUCCUUUAUAGUAACCCCUUGUUAUGAUCAAUUAGCACCCUGUUCAUGUUGUCGGUUGUAACCGUGAUAAGCUUCACUUGUUUCCCGCGCCUGGUCCAGGGCCCUAUGUUUUCAGCGACAUCUCUUUGUUUUUGACCUUUAGAUUCUAGGAAGAGAACGAGUACGAGUACGAGAUUUGACUUAAAGUUUUUUCGCGUAUUCUCAAAAUAUAGACUCCCCGGAAAGCUUCAUUUUACCAUUUUUCACCAGAAGAGUUAGCACUGUGAACUUUAGUGAAGGAGAUUACGCGCUCUCCCGAUCGCAAAAUGAUAAAACUUCCAACAUUGAUAACUCGUUUUCCCCACUUCGACAUUCUUGCUAAAAUCCGUAGUAGAAUGACGACUGCUACCACGUUUUCCCGCCAGAAUGACGCUGGUUCACGAGCGAGCACUACUUAGUACUGAGAAAAUCUCGUACUCGUUGUCGUACCCGUCUUAGAAUCUAAAGGUCUCUAAUAUGUACUUCAUACAAUCCCUACCUCUAUAAUUAUACACUCCGCAGACCUCUCUCAACUCUCCAGGACCCUUUUGACUGCCCGUUGAAGUCCUCGUUACGUACACUCGAUCGUUGUGUGUUUGUAGAUGCAGUGAAUGCUACUACGACGUCGUAAAACGCAUUAUAUUACUUUUGUUUCUUUGAUCAGAUACAAGGAGAGUUUUACUCAGCUCAAAUCUCUUAAAACCGAGAUUGAGCAUCUUCAACAUCUACUAGAAAAAGCCAAAGUUAAGAUGCAAAAGGAUUUUGAAAUCUGGUGGGCAGAACAGGCAGCUUUCAACCAGGUGUGGAUAGAAACUACUUUACGGUCGAUUUGUCAGUCGCCAAACAAUCUUGCAAUACCUCUUUCUCAUAGGGCCCCAUGCAAAGCAAUCCAGGACAGUCUUGGAUUCUGGAUUCCAUGCUGUGGAUUCCAGAUUCCAGGUACUCGAUUCCUGAUUUUCUUAUCAGUGAAACUUGGAUUCCCGCCUCCAAUCGUUAGUGGGAUUCCGCAUUCCUUUAGCUGAAUACCGGAUUCCCAAGCCUAGCAUUCCGGAUUCCGCAGGAAAAAAUUUCCCGGAUUCUAGACUCCACAAGCCGAAAAUUCCCAGACUCCGGAAUCUGGAUUACUUUACGUACAAGGGCGAGUCCGUUUUUGCGCAUAUAUAUUCACCUAACUUGCGCAACGAACGUCCUAGUUACAGAACGAAGAACCAGCGGCUUGUUUUUGGUGAGCAAUAAACAACUUUACAGCUUGGUCAAACCGAGCAGCAUUCGCUGUUGUGACAGUGGUUAUGACGACUGCUUUUGUGUCAAUACAAAAGCGCACUGCUCUGUCGGCCAUAAAUUUUGUAAUGGACGGCAGAGAAGAAAACUAUCUAAAACGGUUUUUCCAUUGCUUGGUGUUCCUCAUCUUGGCACCUUGAUUUACAAAACAUAGCAAACAUGGUACAAACCUGGUCAUAUUUUAUGAAGUAAUGAAAAUAAUAUUGUUGGACGUCAUUGGAGGGCGAGGAGGGGAAAUUCUGGGAAUUUUGACGGUGAACGUGUUCAAAAGCCUUUUUCUCUCUCUUUUUUUUUCUGCCUCCAGUCAAUUUGACUUUCGUUUCCAUUCCUUGUUAGCCACCUGACGAAGUCCGAGCCGCUUGGAAAACCCCACCGAUAUCCCCCGUUCGACCUCCCUCUGCUCAAAGGAGACGCGACCCAGCCCCGGGUGAUGUGUCAAAUAACCGUGGGGAUGAUUCCUCGUACAGCACAAGACCCGGUAAAUUCGUAUCCAAGCUGCGUGCAGAAGCGCAUCUCGCGUCGCUAGGAACGACGUCUAUCAGCCGGCCUCCUCAUGUGUCCAGUUCUGAUAGUGGUCUCAGUAGCCGGUCUGGACCCAUAGCAACAGCUGGCAUUGAUCAGGGAACCUCAUGGCGAAGUAAAUCAGGGUACGUGUGUUCUUCACCAAAUUAUAAGUGAAAUUUUGUGUGAGGCUAUGGGCGUCAAGCCAACUUCUUUCUCCAAUUAAAUAAAUGGAGAAUAGUUUAACGCCAAAUAGCCUUAAUAUGUCAAGCAAAACUUGCACUUUGCUGUUCCUUGUGUAAUGCACGUUUUCUCUCUUAACAAUUCCCUUGCUUUUUCCGCACCUUACACCAGGUGAGAGCAUGAGGCCCUACAGCAGGAGUAUCCUUUUCCGAAUUGUCAGCAGAUUUUAAGUUUACCUUGCAUGUUUCGCUUCCGGUUACCUGUUUUCCGUGCCAAGCACAAAGUGCAUAUUUUCCUGCGCUUAACUGCAAGUGCAUAAUUUUCCGUGCGCAAGACCGGCCACAUGUUUUCCCGCCCUUGUCUUCUGCUUUCACCUGAGCUCCUUUAUGGGCUCUUUGUUAUUUCGUAUUAAACAGGCGUAUAAAUACAACAAAAUUUGGACGUUUUACCCCGGUAAAGCUGGCGUUUUGUGCGCUAGUACUUCGUCGACGAAGGGCUUUGUGUAGCUAAACUAAGACUUUCAUUUAUCUGGUGUUAAAAUACUACUAACGUACCAUUUCUUUCUCUUUUUCCAGUUCUGCUGGUGACAUGACUUCCGGUUCAGGAUCAGUGAAGCUAACAGGUGAUAGUCGAGCAGAUGCUGACAUCCUGGCUUUCAUCAAAGCGAGGCAAAACCUUUUACAGCAGCGAGGUUGGUUGCCUGAAACUUCAUAA